CAACAAACGUACCCAUAACCGCGCUAAACGACUCCGCAGAAGAAGCAAGCAGAAACUGUCAUGGUGGCCUCCUGAACACAUCGAAGAAUGUUUGCCCUUUCUCUUAGUCGCCUAUUAUUACAGGCUCUUCCCAGGCAACCGGUCACAUCUAGGGCUACAGCACAAUGCAUCAGAAGCCUGACAACAUCUCAGCAAGAACCUCUAAAGAAAGAUGAUAUGCCUAUGAAAAUGGAAAACCCAUACAAGUCCUCCCCGAAAACUUGCAUCCUGUGUAAUGUAACUGUAGACUUCAAAAACGUUCAGCUGCUGUCCCAGUUUAUUUCACCACACACAGGCAGAAUAUACGGCAGACACAUAACAGGCUUGUGUGGUCGGAAGCAGAAAGAGGUAUCGAAGGCAAUAAAGCAAGCUCGUUCGAUGGGGUUUAUGUCAGUCACUCUGAAGGAUCCACAGUUUAUUAAAGACCCUGAUAUUUGUGGUAUCAAGCAUUCUGAAUAGGUUCUGUGUGAAGCCUGACACUGCAGACCAUCCCUUUGUUUCUGUAAAAUCUAUAAAAUUGCGAAAAAUAAACAAUGUAACAAUUAUAAUAAUCUGAUGAGCCCGAAAUCAAUGUAGAAAAUGAAUAAAAUUCAUUUAUAUAAAAACA